ACUUUCACACUAGCGUCAGGCGGAUCCGCCUUAAACGGAUCCGUCUGAAGGAUUUCACAGACGGUUACAAACGGUGAUACUUUGAGCGGAUCCGAUUGAACGGAUCCGCUCGUAAAAUGGCUCCGUCUAUUGCGUCUGCAUCCGUUUAGGCAUGCGCUCAGCGGAUCCGUUUGCCUAAUAAAGGUGCCUCCUAAAUGUCCUCCCAAUCAAAAAAAAAAAACUAUUCAUGGUCAUUUGUAGGUGUGGCUCAGUAGUCCCACUGUAGGUACACCUCUAGUCAUUGUAGGUGUGCCUCACAAAGUCCUCCCACUUAGUAUUAGAACCUGGUACACCUCAAUUCAGAUUCAUAGCCUAUUGGGAUCAUGUUGCCUGCACACUUGCGUCUCCGGCUGCGUUUUCAAAUUCUUAAAGCUAGAUGGAUGAGACGAGACACUGAAAGAAGAAGACGUCGUUAUUGGAUACACCCGAUAAGUUCCAGAAGGAUGACCAGAGGUGUUUUUUCAGUACUUUAUUUGGAAUUGCGUGCAAAUCCAGAAAAAUUUUACAAUUAUAUGCGCAUGACGGUUGAGAGUUAUGACCAGCUACUGCAGCGCAUUUCUUCAACCAUCGAAAGGCAAGAUACCAGAAUGAGAAGGCCCAUUUCACCAUCAGAGAGGUUAAUGGUGACAAUAAGGUAUCUUGCUACUGGAGAAACCCUAACGUCAUUGCAUUACCAAUAUCGUAUUGGAAUCUCCACACUCUGUGAAAUAGUAAAGGAUACUUGCCGUGCAUUGUGGGCGACAAUGCAUGAAGACUAUAUCCCGCAUCCAACAACUGAACGAUGGAUUCAAAUAGCGGACAAGUUCAUGCAAACCUGCCAAUUUCCAAAUUGUCUAGGAGCCGUAGAUGGAAAACAUAUACGUAUUGUUAAGCCUUCAAAAAGUGGAUCAGAAUAUUUUAAUUAUAAAAAAUAUUUCUCAAUAAUUUUAAUGGCAAUUGCAGAUGCUGAAUAUCGAUUUGUUGCUGUGGAUAUCGGAGCAUACGGACGGACCAAUGACUCCAUGGCAUUCAAAACCUCCGCUAUGGGGCGCCGGCUCUAUUCAAAACAAUUUGGAUUACCGCCUGCAAGACCGUUGCCAGGGACAGAUGGACCUCCCAUGCCAUUUGUUGUGGUAGGGGACGAAGCCUUCCAAAUGUGUGAAAAUCUUUUAAAGCCAUACUCCAGCCGUGAUUUAAAUUCCACCAAACGGAUUUUCAAUUAUAGACUCACAAGAGCUAGAAGACUGGUGGAGUGCGCCUUUGGGAUACUUGUCGCAAAAUGGCGUGUUCUAAACAAGGCAAUUAACCUAAAAGUAGAAACUAUUGAUCAUGUUGUUAAGGCUUGUGUGGUGUUACAUAACUAUCUAUUAUCUGAGGAACCACUGCGUCUGGACCCUCAAGAUGUAGAUUGUACACUGACCAGGAUGCAAAAUGUGUCAUCUCGAUCUACCGUCGCAAUUUCUAGAAUGAGGGACGGUUUUGCCAAUUAUUUUGUCUCCGAAGCAGGUAGCGUGCCCUGGCAAAAUAAUGUUUUGUAA